UAAAAAAAAAAAACCUAAAGAACUUCAGCACCGACAAAGCUGUGUUUUUUUUGCAGCAUGUUCCACCUUCGGCAAUCUCCGUUUAAACACACUCGCUCAGCAACUGUUUGAUUUUGCUGGUGUGUGAGGCUGCUUUUUUUUCUGGGGGAAAGAUUCGUCUUUUUUCCUGCCUUCGGCUGAUGUAAAGAAAUCUCCCCUCUCUAUAUUGGAAUGAUGUGGACCUCUCAUGAUACUGUUGGAUUUGUUUUCUUAGCUGGAUUUUGCGUGCAAUUGGGAUUCUCCUUUGAAGGUCGCUUCACGGAUCUGCCCUCCAACAUGACGGUUAAAGAGGGACAAAACAUUGAAAUGGCGUGUGCUUUCCAGAGCGGAACCGCGUCUGUGUAUUUGGAGAUCCAAUGGUGGUUCGUGAAAGCACCGGAACCCACUGACAGCGAGGAGGACGUCGAUGCUGAGGAGAUGGAGAUGAUACCAGAGCCUGAUCCUGACGACGAGGGGACAAAAAUAAGUACAGUGAAAGUCCAGGGCAACGACAUCUCACACAAGCUGCAGAUCUCCAGAGUCAGCAAGAACGACGAAGGACUGUACGAGUGCCGGGUGACACGAGCCAACUACGGAGAGAUUGUGGAGUACAAAGCCCAAGCCUGGCUGAAGGUGAACACCACGGCGAGACCACGACGACCACUGCCACCCCCCAAGAAGAGCUCCCCACUGCACCUGACGGACAAGAAACCGAGAAAGUCCAGCUCAGCUCAGGGCCAGGACAGCAUGAGUUCAGACCAGAGGGUGGCCUCCACCUCCACCUCUCACACAUCCUCCAAACCAGCUAAACACAACCCCGGCUCAGGUACAAGAAUAUCAUCCAGCUAUGGACUGGCUGUCCUGCUCCUGGCGUGUGGUUUGGUGAGGGAUGCCUUGUUAUAAUUUGAAGAACUGACAUGAUUUGCUCCCAGAUCUCUCUCUCUCUCUAUCUUUCUCUCUCUCGCUCGCUCUCUCUCUCUUUCUCUCCCUCUCUCUGUUUACUCCCAAAGUGAACGAGAAAAUUGCCUGUUUUAUCCCCCCCCCCCGCCCCCUCUCCCCCUCCUCCUCCCCCCACCAUGCGGACAGCACAGUUGGCCUCUCAUUUCCCAGCCACUACUGCUCUUGCACCCCAGCACAUUGUUAUUAGCCACUGUAAACACCGGUCACCUUUAAAGCAGCUGGAUUACCUUUUGUACAGACGUCGACUCAACGCCACCCGAGGUGCAGCGCUCCGGUGUGGAAAACGGACUCUGUGUCUUUAUUGGAUAAUUCUCACGGAUGAAUGACUUUCUUAUGGUUUCGAUGUUCCAGUUCAUCAUGUGAUCAUUGCUCAAAAGUGAACAAGAAAAAAGGAGAAUCUAUAUUUGUGUAAUAUAUAUAUAUGAUUCCAGAUGUAUAUCUGUUUUAUUUGAAUCACCCAGAAUUAACUGUAUGUGCUGUACACAUAGCUGACGCUCAUCAUGUUUGCUAUGGAGCUUCAUUGUGAAUACGCUCUCUGUCCCCUCUCCAAGAAAUUCAAGUACAUGUUAAUUCAGACUGUUAACAUCAACCAUCAAGUUAAAAAAGGAUAAAUUGCUCAUUUUUCUUUCAGCUGUAUUGGCCGUCAAAAUGAUCUAAUAAUGUGCAUAAUUUUACAUCUUGUUAUUGAUACAUAUGCAGGUGUGCAUGCUUUUUGGACUGAAGGCUUAAAGGAGAGGAAGUCAACACUUGGAGCUCAGUGUUACAGUGUUUAGUUUUAUUUUAAUGUGCUACCUUUGGUGUGAAAAAAAAUGUCCCUUGUCAUUUUAAAUUGUAUUGCAUCCACAGUAGGAAUAAAAAAAAAAAGGAUGUGACGAUUUAUGAGUCAUUCAAAAAUCCUCAUAUGUGACCACGGGAUGAUUAAUUUUAAUUGACCUGCACCAUUUUGUCAAUGGCGUGCUGAACUGAAGCACUGGUGCAUGGCUCAUUAUUAUUACAGAGGGUGAAGGCGCGCAGUAUUUACCCACUUUGGAUCAUAAGUAGUGCUAGUUUGUAUUAGCAAAGCGCACAAACACACACACACACACACACAAACACACACACACACACACACACACACACACACACACAUUGGCGCAUAUAACAGGCAGAUGUGUUAGUGGCUGUGCAGCACAGAGAGUAGACUCGCUCAUCGUCACAUUGUAUAUGACCCACGUUUGGGAGAAUGAGUAAAAAAAUCUUUUCUCACAGUUAUAUAUAUUUUUAGCUUUAUUUUCAGAUGAUAUAUCACUGAGAUUUGUUUUUAUCCGCGCAGAGCAUUUAUAAGCAAAACGCUUUGACAAUCUGACACACGACAGGCGGAGGUGUUGUUCAGUGCAGCAGCUCCUGUAUUCAGAUCAUCACCGCGAUACACUCUAACCUCCGGAAUAAAUGGGAUUCUUUUGUUGUUGUUAACUUUUGAGCUGAAAAAGGAAAUUGUGUGCCGUCCAUUAGAAAUGCAGAUGCUCCAAUUCAAACCCAAAUAUCUAUAAAUAAUAGAAUAGUUUAUUUAUGUCUCAAGAAAUCAUGCUGUAAAUGAAUGUUACCCACCAUGCAGCAGAAGGCGCCCUGCAUUUUAUUUUGACAGACACUGUCCCUUAAGCACAUGCUAUUUUUUUAAGGUGGUCAAACAUGAAGCAUGAUUAUCUAGUUCCUCAUAUGUCGUAUGCUAUAAUCUAACAUUCAUACAUUUACAUACAGAUGUAAUUGCCAGUAAUUACUGUGCUGUGUGUUUUCAGAAAGCAGAAUGCUGCACCUCACUUUGUGCUUUUAUUCCGCUUUGCAGACAAAGCAACUCCUCCCCCCUCCCUGUCCUCCCCUUCCCUCCCUCCCUUCCAUGUAUAGUUGUUCUGCAUUCCCAAAGAACUGUGGUGUGGCGGGAAAACUUGUUGAUUCAGCAGCGAGGUUAAAUGGCUGACGGAGCGUGUCAUGCUCUGGGAUCAGAGCAGAGGCGUCUCCUGAUCGGCAGCCUCCAGCCCGGGCGCGGGAUGUGUGGGCAAUAGCGGGGCAACCCUGUCUGAUCCCUCAAGUUCCGGAUAGCUUCAGGGUGUACUCGGGACAGUUAAUCUAGCAUCACUUUCAUAUAUAUAUAUAUAUAUAUGCCACUCUGCUGUGACGGGGGAAAUAGAUUGCUGCGUUUUUGAAAAUGAGACAUGUUACGUAAUAUGAUCCCGAAUGUUUAGUUUGCAGAAAAAAAAUAGUAAAAGCUUAUUUUAUGGGAUUUGGAGGAUGAUUGUAUUGAGUAGAGUGUGCACAGUUUGAGUGGACAUGUUGACUGUGUCCAACCCUCAUGUAAAAAUUUACAGAUCUGUACAACUUGUAAAUGAAAUAAUCAGCAUGUUAACAAUUGUUUUUUUUGUUUGUUUUUUUUUUUUUAAUCAGUUUAAAAAGGCAGAGGCCAGUGAUGUUCUGUACUUGUAACAAUGGUGUCAUGUACUCAUAUUCAAGUGUUAACAAGUCCAAAGUGGGUUUUCAUCGCUUCAAAAUGAACUUGGGUAAAAAUGUAUUUGACAAAAAAAUAUAUAUCUAUAUAUAUAUAUAUUAGAAACAUCUCCUUUAUAAAGCUUUCAUCCUGAUCCAGGGGACCCACUUGACUGUGGGUCUUUGCAACACAUUGAAUGACAGAGAAUGAACAAUUGGAGCGAUGGUUUAUUUGAUAUUGUGAUCAGACUGAUGCAAAAAUGAUACUUAGUAAAAAAAAAACAAAAAAAAAACUGAGUGGUGGGAUUGGGUUUCGAUGGAGGCUGAAGAGCUCACGGGCAACGAGGUCUCUGUUACCAAAGAGGAGAAGAGUUCACAGUGACGGCGAGAGCAGCAGUUCCUUCAUCCAGGGAUGUUAUUUCAGAAACAUCGCACAGCCAUUUUCCUGUUCUGUUUUAUAUGCCACGCUCCUCAUCCACUCUAGAUGUAUUUGUUUCCUCUAAUGUAUUUCAUUUCAAUGCGGUCCUGUCUGUUUGUUGAGCUGUCGAAAAUUCUGAUGAAUUAUAAUUCUCUUUUCUUUGGUAUUGUGUGAGGCUUCUGUACUGGAACAUUGCAACGAGUUUGUAUUAUAAUGACAAUAUCAGAAUAAUAUUUAAAUAAAUCAUUUUCACAGAUGAAAUUCAAA